ACACAAGUGACUAGAGGUGUCGUCCAAUCACUAGAGAUCUCACAUUUGAUGCCAUAUUUGGCUCAAUAUUACUGACAAUUUGUAAGUUUUUUAUUUACCAUCAAUUGAUUUGCAGACAAAUCAUUGAAUUAGUCAUCAAUUAGUUAAUACAAUGGCUCAAUAAUUGUCGGAUCAAUUCAAGUGACGAAUGGAGAGACGAGAGAUGCAUUACUUAUCGGACAAAUACGAUCAGAUGGUCACCGAAAUGAUCGAGCACGACUUCCAAGUGAUCCGUUUUAGUUCAUACAGAACUGCAUCAAAGUUACGGUUCAUUCAACACAAGACUAACUGUGAGUUCAGACAAUACGGUCUUUCCUUUCAGACAUGUCAACAAUGGUAUUGCAAUUGUCUUACAACUGAUAUGUCUUUUGCCAAUUCAGUCCAUUUGGUGGACCUGUGGAAUGCCAUCGAAUCCAUUAGAGACAAUGGUUUGCAUAACUUUCAGGACAUAUCUUCUGAGAUAUCAGUGCAACGGUUGGAAGGAGUGGUCACUUCAGUGUAUUAUUCACUUUCAAAACGUCUUCCGCAGUCUCUGUCAUUCAAUUUGGACCAAUCCAUUGAACUCAUGUUCAGUUGGCUUUUGAUGACAUAUGAUCCCACCGGUAGCGGCAAAUUGAAUGUGUUUGCGCUGAAGAUUGGGUUCGCAGUGAUGUGUUCGGGGAAACUGAUCGACAAAUUGCGGUACAUUUUCUCACUCAUAUCAGACCCGAGUCGAGGACUUCUUAUUGAGAGUCAUUUCAAUGCAUUUCUGCGCCAAUCGAUGGCAUUGACGGCCAGUGUCUCCGAAACGACUACUUUUCAAUACGAUGACAGCCUCUCGUCGACGAUCUUUGACUUCAGUCAACCAAUAGAUUUGCAUUCAUUUAUGUCAGUCUUCAUAACGACAAACAGUCCUCCACUUUGUAUUUCAUGGAUUGUGAUUCUCCACCGAAUGGCUGAAGUGGAGAACGUCGUCCAUCCCAUCAGUUGCAGUACAUGUAAUCGACAGCCAUUUAAUGGGUUCCGAUAUAAGUGCCAAAAGUGUUUUAACUAUAAUCUAUGUCAAGACUGCUUCUGGAGGGGUCGACAGUCUGGUCAGCACAACGCCGACACUCACGCGUGUAAAGAGUACGGGUAUUGGAAGUCACCGACGAAACAGAUCGGACACUCUUUGCGGAAGAGUUUUCGAUGCAUUCCUUCCAAUCGGACUCAACUCCACGAAUAUAUCGACGAACCGCCGAAAGACAAGCGCUUUAAUCUGAGUCAUAUCGUCCCCCCCUCUCCCGUCCCUUCCAUCCAUCACAUGAAUGGCGCCGAUAUGCGCUCGACUUCAUCCGAUUUGGAGUCUCUCUACGGAAGUCGCAAAUAUCGAUCGCCUCCUUCUCUCUAUACGACGGCAACGACUGAUUCAAAGAAUGGUGACGAAGAGCACCGACUCAUUGCACGAUAUGCCGCCUCUUUGGCCAACUUCUCAAAAAGCUCUUCAGUGCCAACCAAUGGCUCCGAUAUUGUGAACGAUAUUUCACAACAACAGAGAGUUAUCUCACAAUUGGAAGAGAAGAACAGAGAGAUUAUGAAAGAAAUAGAAAGACUUAGAGUCGAGAAACAAGAGAAUGAUACUCGAGACUCGCGGAUCAAAUCAAGUGGUUAUUAUGCGAACGUCGGUCCGACACAAAUGGAUCCCAUUUUGUUGACUGAAUUGUCGGCUUUGAGAGAACGCAAGGAAGAACUGGAAUCGCAUUUAAGUGCUCUGCAGGACAGUCGUCGACAACUGAUGGUUCAAUUGGAAGGACUGAUGAAGUUAUUGAAAAAUCACGGAAACCUAUUGGCCAUUCCCAACAGCGCUCCGGCAUCGGCCGCCUCUACACUGAACCGCAAGAUUGGCGGCUCUUUGGCAACAACUACUUCAGACUCGAUCCAGAGUGAUAUGAGUAGUGUGACGGUGUCCACAGUGAAUCGGGAUCUGUUGGUUGCGGCCGACUCUGUCACUAAUGCCAUGUCUUCGCUCGUCAAAGAACUCCAUUCUGACGAAGAAAGUGAGGAUUUGGUCAAUGAGUUCAAUAACAAAGUGAUCGUCAAUGACAUGAACAGCAAUAGAGAGAAUGAAAUCACAGAUAAGGACAUCGAACUGGAGGAACAAAAAUUGAAAUCCAAAGCAUUGGCCGCUUCGGCAUUUAAAGUAUUUCCGAUCAAAAAUAAUAUAAGUAUUAAAUCAUUUCGUGAAAACUCGAAGAGCGGCUCGUUUUAUAGCACUACUGAUGACGAGAGCUAUAUUCGCACCGAUGAGGACGACUUGGAUGAUGACAACCACUGGAAUAUAUCAUCGAAAGCAGGCAAUUUUAUUUACCGUUAAAAACGUAUUUUUUGAACAAAUAUUUAUAAAUCAACAUAUUAUUAAAAUAAACAAAUUUAUUAUCAUGA